CGCCAUUUCAAAAAACGAACUGCCCUCUCCGAGCGACUCGCCGUGGCAUGUUCCUCUCCGUCCUCACCCCCUCCCUCCCGAGACCACUCUUCUCCGGCGACCUCCUUCCCUGGUAGCUCCGCGGCCAGCGCAUCCCCCUUAUCUACCGAUCGACGCCUCCUCGCUCCUCCUGUCGGGCUACGGCAGAUCUGCGCGGCGGCGGCGGCGGCCAUCUUCGUCGGCGGCGCCCCGGCCGGCGGCUUCCCUAGCCUGGCUCUGCUAUAGAGGGGAUUGAGCAUCCAGUCUUCACCCGUGAUGACAAGCGAUAAAGGAAAGGCUUCGAAGAAGGCUGGAGAGGCUUCUGGACAGCCAUCUACUACUCAUGAAGGGAAAGUCAACAAUGAGCCACAGAGGCAACGGUCGAUCAAUGGGAGGACCACCGGCCCGACACGACGCUCAACCAAAGGAAAUUGGACCCGCGAAGAGGAUGAUAUAUUGUCCAGAGCAGUCCAGACUUACAAUGGGAAACACUGGAAAAAGAUAGCGGAGUGUUUUCCUGGUAGAACCGAUGUACAAUGCCUGCACAGGUGGCAAAAGGUUCUAAAUCCUGAGUUGAUCAAAGGGCCAUGGUCCAAAGAAGAAGACGAUAUCAUUGUUGAAAUGGUAAAGAAAUAUGGUCCAAAGAAAUGGUCAACUAUUGCCCAAGCUUUGCCAGGACGUAUAGGAAAGCAAUGUCGGGAACGGUGGCACAAUCAUCUUAACCCUGGCAUAAACAAGGAUGCAUGGACACAGGAGGAGGAAAUUACUCUUAUACAUGCUCAUCGAAUGUAUGGAAACAAAUGGGCUGAAUUGACAAAGUUUUUACCAGGAAGGACGGACAAUUCAAUUAAAAACCACUGGAACAGUUCUGUAAAGAAGAAGAUUGAUUCAUAUAUGUCAUCAGGUUUACUUGCUCAAGUCUCGCGUCUCCCACUUGUUGAACACCAUGCACAUUUUAGUUCCUCACCGGCGAUAACCCAACAAAACAGUGAAGACAGUGAGAGCAAUGCUGUCCGGGAGGUUGAAGAUUCAUCAGGGUGUAGUCAAUCCUCAUUGGGCAUAGUUUCUUGCUCGCAAGUGCAGGACACCAAUCUGACCUUGAGCUGUGAUUUACAUGUGAAUGCGGAUCCCAGCAAGACAGAAGCACAUGAUUCUCAAUCUUCUAUGUGUCAGGAAGGCUAUACCUCCACCGAGGGUGUUGCAUCUGUUAUGUCUGAAGUUCAUUGCCAUGUUCCUUCGUCCAGAUUUGAUCCAGAUACACUCCUGCAGCAGGAAAUUUCGCAAAGAAUGAAUUCACAGAUGGAUGUUGACGAAAUACCAGGUAACUCUAUGUUUGAAAACAAUCAGACCAUCUGUAGUACAUCGAAUAAUGAAAGACCGAUGUUACAGUAUGAGAUAGCAUCAGAUAUGCCUAUCUCUGUGCUAACGAACGUUUCUGGAGCUGAGCAAAAACUACAUUUCAUGUCUGAGGCUGACUUCAGCAGUCCUAAUUGUUUGAAAUCCGAACUUUGGCAAGAUAUUUCGUUCCAGAGUCUUCUUUCUGGACCUGAUGUAGUUGAUGCGGAUUCUCUUUCAAGACCAAAUCACCAGUCAGAGACACAUUCGUCUGAAGCGAACAUCAAUUUUUUGGCAGCACCCAACCCAUCACAUACAUCAGAUCCAUCGAGUAUGAUGGUUGUUGCGUAUGGCCAGGAUCCAUCAAUGUCAGUACCACAAUCUCUUAUUUCAAAUGGUCUGUCGGAUGCGGCUGAUGAAGAGUCAAGAGAAAUGCAAGCCUCUGGGUCAGAGAUGAUCACAUGCAUUCAUGAUUCUUUUGGUGACUCUGAGCAGUUUGCUACCCCUGGCAGUACUGAUGGUAGACAUGGUUCUUCUGCAACUAUAGAAAGAAUACCGGAAUACGGGGACAAACAGUUAACUGAUGCUGAAGAACCUGCUGCCUGCAUGGCCAAAGAACCAUCAAUGGCACAGGGUGAGGCUGUACCAGAUGAAAAGCAAGAUAAGGGAGCGCUAUUCUAUGAACCUCCUCGCUUCCCAAGCAUGGAUGUUCCAUUUGUCAGCUGCGAUCUUGUAACUUCUGGUGAUCUCCAAGAGUACAGUCCCCUUGGCAUUCGGCAGUUGAUGCGCUCAACCAUGAGCGUAACCACUCCAUUGAGAUUGUGGGGCUCCCCUACCCAUGAUGAAAGCCCUGAUGUUGUGCUGAAGAGUGCCGCCAAAAGCUUCAUAAGCACACCAUCAAUAUUAAAGAAACGACCGAGAGAUCUGCUAUCUCCGACUUCCGAAAAAGGAAUAGAGAAGAAGUCUAGGACUGAACAGGAUAGUAGUGUGUUGGGCACAUCCUCCGUCAGUGCUCAAACAAGUUGCAUGCAUGCCAUUAAAGACAAAGCAAUUGUUACCGAAUCAGUUUUUUGCACUAAUCGAUCUUCAUCUUUUAAACCUCUGGAGAAGAAACUUGAGUUCUGUGAUGAAAACAAGGACAAUUUGGGUGAAAGCGAGCAGGCAAAAGAUGGACGAAAUGCACAGAACAACUAUUCUGUGGAUGAGCAUGCAAGAGGGGAACAGUGUUCCACUGCAAAUAUGGUCAAUAUUAAUGAUGAGCCACCUGCAACUGUUCUUGUUGAGCACAAGGGGAAUGACAUUUCUGAUCAUGGCGCAAAUGCCAUGUAUCAGAAAAUGAACACAAGUCUUGAAGCUCUAUCGGCCUGUAAGGAAACGUUUGCCAAAUCGAAGUCUGGAGAACUAAUUGCCGAGAAAUCUUCACCAUGCAUUCAUAUGGAUUAUGAAUAUGUGAACAUAUUGGCUGAUACGCCUGGUGCCAAAAGAGGACUAGAAUCUCCUUCGGCUUGGAAGUCCCCUUGGUUUAUAGAUAUGCAAUAUAAGGGGUCAUACUUCAUCAGCCCAGCGGAUGCAACUUAUGAUGCAUUAGGAUUGAUGAAGCGGAUAAAUGUGCAGAGCGCUUCUGCUUUGGCGGAUGCCCGCGAGGUCCUGGCAAGUGGCAGCCAAUGUGGCAACAGAAAUUUUGACGAGGAAAACAAGGAAAACAUAGAUGCCGAGAAUGAAACAGGAACUGGCAAGCCGCAAACUAAAAUCAUGACCGAAGCAAGAGUCCUUGACUUCAACGAGUGCGCCACACCGGUAAGAACAGCAGGCAGCAGUGUGGGCGGCAGCUUGGCAAAAUCGGUCAGCUCACCCAUUCCUUCCUCCCACCUGAAAAAUUUCAGAUAGCUAGACCUCCGAGAAAUACACCAGAGAUAUUCUUUGAUUGCGCGUCACCAGCAUUGUACAUGCCUUGUCGUAAAUCCCAACACCCAGUUGUUGUCCUAUUCGUUGCUCCCGUUACCUUGUACUUCGUGACGGGACCGCUGUUCGGCACACAUUCCAGCCCGGAAAGAAUCCUUGGACUGUUGAAAGUUGUAUCAUCAGUUAAUUUAUGUUGUUAAUAUUUCAUAUCCCAGAUCCAGACUUUCACUGUCUUGGUGAGUCUGAUAAAUGGGACAGUUUUGAGCUCGUCUAGCUGUAUACUAGUAACUCUUUUAUGUUUCGGGAGAUUGAAUUCAUUUUUCCAUCAAGUUUGGAUGCCAUAA